GCGCACCACAAAAAGCCCCCAUUCCAGCUAUCGGGGGGGGUUGGCAUUUCGGACCUCGAAUAGCCGAAUUGGCGCUCUUCGCUGCGGCCGAGCGAUAGUUAGGCGACGUUGCCUCGUGCAGUUACAAUUCCUCAGCCGUUUUCUUCUCGUCUUACGCAAAGCAGUCGGAGCUUUUAAUAGCUGGCUGGUAUCACAACAAACCGCGGGCGAUCGUCAUGCGAGAGGUGCCAGCGCACUGCAUCUGACGUUUGGUGCGAGGCGUCGAGUCUCCGCAUCGGCGCUUGGAUACUGCCGAGUUCAAGAUGCCGGGAUCGUAGCCCACGUCGCCGGUUCGAUGGUCAAGCGCAGAAGGCUCGGAUCAUGCUCUGCACAGGACGAGAAACGGCCAGAAGACAUAUCGGAGGUCCAACGAGACGUUGCCGGGGAAGCUCCAACUCCCGUCCGGUGCAGCGAGGUAGCGACGACGACUACGGCGACGCAGCAGCUUACUCGGACCCGCUCUCAGAAUGCACCGCGCGUUACGUCUCCGUGCGGAGUGCAGGGUUCGGACGACGGCCCGGAGAAACUCCAGCAAGAGGCCAAAAAUGCAAUGCCGGCUCAACGGUCCAGCCUGCGUGUGCUCAAGAGGCCGCGCAAGGAUGUCAGCCCGCCGCCACCGGUCUCGGCGACCGGCGCGGCCGCGGCCGGCGGCGCAGCGGCCGGCAAGAAAGCCACCGUGUCCAAACAAGCAGGAGACGUGGGCAAGACCCGUCGCACAUGGGAGCAGUGGAGCGCAGAUGAUAAGAGCUCCUUCUUCGAGGCUGUCUGUGAGUUUGGCAAAGACUUUGAGAGCAUCCAGUCAUACAUUGCCCAGCGGAGCAAGAAGAAGGGCGUGCCGGCACACUGCAUCAAGAACAAGGACCAGGUGCGCCACUUCUACUACCGGACCUGGCACAAGAUCUCCAAGGUCAUGAACAUCGGAGAGGGACGAGAAGAUGUGAAAAAGCAGACGCAAGAAUUGUACGGCCUCAUCAACUACGCCGAGCUGCGCAAGAAGUACAGUGCGAGCAUAAAUGAGAAGAAUGGGCAGCUUCUGACGGAACUUGUUCUAACUGGAUCUACGGUAGUGAAGAUCCGGGGGAAGCGGAUACGCAUCAAGACACCUCUGUGCCGGGCGCUCAAGAAGCUCAACAAUGUGGAAGACGCGAAGGAGGAAGAGCCCAGGAAGCUUCCAGUGGAGGUGUGCAUGGAGUUCCGCCCCAGGAACAACAGUGCCUGGGUGCACGUCCAGUCCCUGGCACAGAACCCCCGCGUGCGGACCAAGGCCAGCCUGCAGCGGAGGCUCUCCAACGUGCUCGAGCACCUGCAGGGCAGGUGGCGACCCAUCAGGGCCAGACAGAAAGAGCAGGUCCUGGCCAGCCUGUCGACCGGCGGUGCGGACUCCGCCGCCGAGCCCGAGCCCGCCUGGGAGCUCCGCGUUUGGCCGGUGGGGCCCGUGUCUCCCGUGAGCAUCACUGCUGUGGCGUCCAGCCCCAACGUAAGCUUCGAGUGCCACCGCAAGAAGGCAGUCGCCGACGGCGUCAAGUGCCGCAAGACGAAGCAGUCGAAAAGUGCCAAGCAGGCGGCCACCGAAGUUCAGCAGCACGACGGCAACCCCUCCCACGUGGGAAACAUGUCUGCGAGCGCCGAUGACAAUGCCACGGACAUGAAGCCCCUCGAUCCCGAGAGAGAGGUCACGACGGCAGAGGACGACGCGGCAAAGUCCCUGACUCUGCUCAGGAGUAUGCUGGAGCCUGACCCCGUCGCGGUCGAGGCCCCGGACCCGUCUCCCAACCCAAACCCGGCCCCUGACCCGCCCUUGGACCCGUCGCCGAACCCGACGACCUUUGCCAUGUCGAUACCGUCUUCCGUCAUUGAGAAUGCGGAGGACCUGCUGCCCGAGUGCAAGGAAGAAGGCGCUGAGAAGCUGACUUUCGGCGAGCUGCUGGGACUGGCCGCGGAGGAGGCCAGGGUGGGGGGUGAGGAGGAGGUCAAGAAGGAGGAGGAAGAGGAGAAGAAGGACGAAGAGGAGGAGAAGAAGGAGGAGGAGGAGGAAGAUGACCAGGAAGCGAGGGAGAGGGCCAAGAACGGCUGGACGGCGAGCGAGGCGGGUCUCAUGACGGUUGGGGAGCUCUACCUCAUGAUGGGCUGCCCGACGAAGAUUGUGCUGCAGUACGACUUCUGCCCCGUGGAGGAGUCCAAGGAGGCCGUGACACGCCAGUGCACCGCCAUGCUCAAGAAGCUGCUCAGUCUGGCCACCGUCAUGUUUGCCGAGAAAAGCAAGCAGGGUCCCCUGUCGCCGCCGGCGGGGAAGUCGGCGGCGGCUAGUGGCGGUUCGAGCGGCCGGGCAUCUGGCAGUGCUGGCACCCCUCCGUCUGGCAAGGCCACCACGGGGCGCGCCAUUGGACGGAGUCCCUCGAGUCGGUCGGUGCAGCGGCCCACACUUCAGCAGGUGCAGCAGGCACAGGUGCUGGAGAAUGCGGCAGAGUCCGGCGGCUCCCAGCAGCACGCUCCGGGGACGGCCGGGGACCAGCACGUGUUUGUCGUUCCCAUGGGCAUGGCUCCCAGGACUCACAAGCAAGGAGUCGGGAUGGUGCCCACGGCCGGGGCCAGCAUCGCCCAGGAACAGCUGGACAAACUGCUGCCUGGGCACCGGCGCGGCCACCGCAUGCGCACCACGCGGAAGCCGCUGGUGGUGCAGCGGCCGCUGCUGCCCCGCGAGCAACGCCGCCCGGUCACCCUGGUGCAGCUGCUGCCCUCGGCACCGGCCACCAUCACCACCAUGUUGCCGCAGCCGCCUCCCACCAUGGUGGAACCGCUGCCGGCAACCGUCAAGCUCCUGCACUCAGGGCCAGCAUUCGAAGUCCAGACAAUGCCAAUCCUCGAACCGACGACCGUGGCUGUGGCGGCUCAUCCCGUGGCGACCGAGGUGAACAACGCCGUGAUGGCAACACAAGCCACCAGCGAGCUCACCAGCGAGCUCGCAGCCCAGUGCACCGCGCAGCUGAAUGCCACUAGUCAGCAGGAGCUGAGUGCCAGGGUGGAGGAGCUGGCGGCGCAGACGCUGGAGCCCAGUGCCAGUUCGAGCGCGCUGCCGUCGCUGUCUCCGCCCAACAUUUCCUCCCUUCUGGACAUCUCCCUACCCGAGAGCAUGCCAUCGGAUGGUGGACCUACGCAGCUCUUGACGGAUGGCAAUGCCCUUCCCAGCUUUGCAGAUGCCUCUGGGGCGAGCCUUUCCGGCCUUGCUUCGUCUCUGGAGACUGGCUCAACAAUGGAGGGCAGCAAUCCUUUGUCCAGCUUUGUGGAAGCGUCCGACUCCAAUUUAGCCUCCGCUUUUGGACUGGCCUGCGAGGAGGUGCGCAAGGCCAGUAGCCGGGAAGACGAAGCCAAGACGGAAGCCCUGACCACUCCUCCAAUGAGCCCCUUCAAGCUGGUCCCCUCGGCACCGGACCCAAACUGGCUCAAUGGAGAGAGCUCGGACUUCUCGCUGAGCAGCCUCCUCAACACGCUGGACUCUCCGCUGAAAGGUGUUCAGGGCUCCGGCUUGUCGACGUCCGGAGCCCCAGUCCUGGCGUCGGACAACUCCACGCUGGACUCCAUCACGAGGCUGGUGCCCGACGUCGACACUCAGCUGCAGUGCCUGAUGAACGAAAACAGCGUCGACUACGUGGCCAAGUUCGCCGACCUUGCGGCUCAGAUCGCCUCGUCCAACUCGGAGAGCAAGUCGUGACCUCGGGAGCGGCGAGGCUUCCUGUUGUACAUGCUGUACCAUUCUUCUUCCUGCACACGUCUCCUCUUGUGUUCUUAUUUAUUACGUGCAGCGUAGAUCCUGCCUGUACAUAGUAUUAUAUUACUGCAACUGUUUAGGAAUGCACACCCUGACGGCGUGUCCCUGCCACGAGGCCUGUAUAUAGGAGAGCAAGAAGGUUGGUUUUCGUGGAACUUUCCAUUUUAUGGUGCGAGUAAUGCAAACCCAAUAUACAGUUUUUGUUUUUCGAAAUUGCAAGAAAAGAAUUUUUUUUUCUGCGAGGGUAUGGCUUGGAGAUAUUUUUAUGGAACUUCUAGAGCAGUCGCUCAAUUCGAUGCUGGAUCCCUGCCGUAAAAUUAAAGAGGAAAGAACUCUGGACGAUGGCUCCCCGCUACCAUCAUCAUCAUCAGCAUCAGACAUUUCUGUUUGCAGGUUCUCGUGCACUAUACUAGUGGCAGUUUGGAUGACUCGGACAUCCUUGCAAGUCUUCCAGCAUUAAAAGAAGUGUUUGUUUGGAGAACAAACAAUCUGCAUUGCUCUGUUACUGUACAUUCUACGCAUAUUUAUUAUGGCACGCGGUUUUUGUAUAUAGCGCAGCUGCAGAACAUUCAUUAGUGGGUCAAGAAACGGACGUGGAAAGUGACCCUUUUGUUUACGGCGAGAAAAAUAUAAGGUACCGAAAAUAGCACCCAGGGAAUGUCGGGUGCUUCGACCGUUGUUGUGAACGAUAUAGAACGCAAUAAAAAAAAAUAUUGACGUAA